ACCACCACUAACAUAAUGUCCUAAACAAGCUUAACUUCUGACACGGUCGCAGCGGCAGCAAUGGUGGCAGCAGGGUAUGUUAGCGGUCCGGUGAUACGCGGCGGCGGCAGUGGUGCGACGCCGGCCGGCGGAUGUCAUUUCGGUGGGUGGCAACUGAAAUGAUCAGGGAGUCGGUCUCAUCACUUGGGCAAAUGUCUAAAUUGUAUUGGCCAGAGGAAAGUAAAGUUCAGAAAGACAGCAAACCAAUCAUGUAACGUCUCGUGCUCCCUGCCUUGCUCCUCCUAGUCGAUUUUCUCCUUCUGUUUGGCCACUGCGAAAAAGGCGGGAAACAGAACGCCAGGAAAGAAAAAUGCUCAAGAAUUCAUUACCAUUUAUAUUUUGAACGAUUUUCCAGACGCACUCUAAACGACUGAAUCAUAAGACGAAAAACUGGAAGACAUAUGAAGCAGUAAUAUAAUUUCAUAUCCUCGGGCGUCGGAGAGUAGUUGCGUUGCAGCGUCAGUUUCCGGCUUGAUUAGAUACUGCAUGCAAACAUUUGCAAGUGGAGGGGUUCCAAAAGUGUAAUACGAUGGUUUUCUGAAGCAUGCUCAUGGAUUAAUAAGAUAGUUCAUCAGGAUUUCAUGCAUAAAUAUACGACGAGUAACUACUGACUUAAAUCUCAUGAUCAAUCAAGAAAAUCUAGAUUCUAGUUCUGUGCAUUCUGUGAGUUCCACCAUAUUUCCCUGAAAUACAAGGAUGCAGUCUUCUUCUAAAGCACAGCAAGUUAAUAAUGCUAAAAUGAAAGUAAAAUUUCUUUCUUCUGAUGAAGUCAUCAACUUAACAUCUGGAACCAAAGGAGUAAUGCAGGUUUCAACCCGUCGUUCAGGAUCUUCAAAUGAUCCAUCUGGUUCAUUGCCUUCUACUUCCAAGAAGAAAAAUAUGGUGCCAAAACCUGUCUCUCCAAGGUGUUUCUCAUCGAUACAGAAUACAAAUCUCACAGUACUUCCAGGGGGUCUGAAACAUCAUGCACUUUGCAAUAUGCAGUCAUGUACGGCCCCUCAACGACAGCCUGUUCUAAAGUCAACAUCAAUAAAUGAUGUGGAAACCAAUCUGAGUGCCCCUUCUAAGCAGCGAUCUGCACCAGAAAGAUUAACAAACACUACAGAAGCAGAAGAUAGACCUAGAAAACGAGCUGCUCCCGCUAUAAAUGCUAAGCCAAGUUAUCAAUCUACAUUGGAAAGAUUAACAGACACUGUAGCAGAAGAAUAUAGUCCUCAAAAUUCAAUUGCUUCUGCUGUAAAUACUAAGCCUAGUUCAUGCUUUGUAGUUCCUCGGAUCAACACAAGAUAUUCUGGUUCCUUGAAAGAUGAAACCCCGAACAAAGGCCUGAGAGCCCCUUCUAAGCAAUCUGCACCAGAAAGAUUAACAAACACUACAGGAGCAGAAGAUAGACCUGGAAAACGAGGUGCUCCUGCUGUAAAUGCUAAGUCAAGUUAUCAAUCUACAUUAGAAAACUUAACAGACACUGUAGCAGCAGAAGAUAAUCCUCAAAAUUCAGUUGCUUCUGCUGUAAAUACUAAUCCUAGUUCAUGCUUUGUAGUUCCUCAGACCAAUACGAGAUACUCUGGUUCCUUGCAAGAUGAAAACUCAAGCAAUGGCGUUGAUGGUGGGUUUAACCAGGUAGCAAAGUUGGGACUGAAGGAGAAAAAAGGAAAAGUUGUGUCAGAUCCCCAAGAAGGAAUUAGCUUCCAAGCUGAUUCGGUAGAGGCUGUAAUUCCUUCAAAGGAACUUGAAGCUUCAUGGACAACACAUUCUGAUUUCUUGAAAGAUGAAAACCCAAACAAUGGCAUUCGUGGGUUUAAUCAGGAAGCAAAGUUGGGACUGAAGGAGAAAAAAGGAAAAGAAGUUGUGUCAGCUCCCCAAGAAGGAAUUAGCUUCCGAGCUGAUCCUGUAGAGGUUGUAAUGCCUUUGAAGGAACUUGAAGCUUCAAGUACUAGAUAUUGUGGUCCCUUGAAAGGUGAAAACCCAAACAAUGGCAUUGACCACAAUGCAAAGUUAGGUCUGAACGAGAAUAAAGGAAAAAUAGUGAUGACAGCUCCCCAAGAAGGAAUUAGAUUCCGAACUGAUCCUGUCGAGGUUGUGAUGCCUUUGAAGGAACUUGCAGCUUUGAGUAGGAGGGAAUGCCUGGCCCAUGUAUCAGAGAGUAUAUCCUUUGUGGCUACGAAGCCUCCUUCAGCUAGCAGUUCAGGUGGCAACUUUUGUAGUGGCACUUGUCCGAGUAACAUUGAGGCGAGUAACAUUGAGGUUCAAGAAAGAACUCUACAAAAUAUUUCACCUAACUUACGGGAAAAUCGUCAGAAUGGUCCAGCAGCAGAAGUUAUUUGGAAGGGCAGCUUUGAGGUUCUUGGUCCCAAUGUUAAUGUUGGAUUGUGUGAAGGGUUCAUUGCUCAUCCUCCUGCCAAAGUUUCUCGUAAAGCCUAUGAAUUUUCAAAACAGAUUGCUGGUGUUCUACUGUUCAAGCUGCAUCCACGAUGUGAUUUCUGGCCAGAAAUCUUUCAGAUAGAAUGCCCUGACAAAAAUGAUAUUGCGUUGUAUUUUUAUCCUGGAAAUUUUGAGAGGUCCAGGAGAAAGUACUCUCUCCUUCUAAAGUUCAUAGAGAACCAAGAUUUGGUUUUGAGGAGUUGCAUGGGAUGUGUGGAGUUACUGGUUUGUGCAUCUAGAUGCUUGCAUGAGGAUUCCCAAAAACUAGAUGGCAGCUUCUUCAUGUGGGGAGUUUACCGAAGUUUGAAGGACAGUACACAAACUUAAGGUCCAUGAUCAGCCUCUGAGACACCCUAGUCAAGGCUCAUGCCAGCCGUCCUUGUAAUGAACAGAACAUUUCAGCGGGGGAAAAAACCACGGGAACCAACAUUAAUCAGCCCAAUGGUUCUACUUUUCUGAGAUAAUUGGAGAAUGGCAGAAUAACUUUGGACGUCUGAGAAAAUCAUGGUUGAUGCCCAUACUGCCAUCAUUGAAUUUCGUUCUUGUGGACUUCAAUUCUCUUCCCCAAUGAUCAAAGAUCAUUUUUUGGUUAAAAUUGCUCAUGAUUCUUAUUAAAAAAAAAAAAAAAACCAUGUGAGAAUCAGUUAGAUCAUGGAGUUGAAGUGUGUGUAUGUCUCUCUCUCUGCCAACCUUUAAGGUGCCUUUUGAGUCGGUACAAUGGCACAUGCCUUCAUUCUCUGUGCAUGAGGGUGAUCUUUCUUCAAAUAGUAGAACUAUAGCAAACCAUUGUGCAAAUUGCAAAAUUCUUCUUGUAACAAGUGUUGGAACAGAUUUACGGCCAAUGUAUCUGUUCUGGCUGUUGACAAUAGGCGGAUUUAUAUGUAGACCUGAGUGUGGGCUAUAGGCCUAUAGCCCCACUUAAAAACCAAAAAAUCCUUUUAUAUAUGUAUAUAUUUGGAGAUCCCUUUUCUGGAAA